UCCAGCUGAUAGACUACUUCUGUGUCUAUAUAGGCAAGUGGGAUUGCAACAAAAGAGAAUACCUCGACGGGCUCUAGCCACGUAGUGCAGUGUGUGAAGUGUAUCAGGUACUGAAAACACAUCCGAAGGUGUUUAGCUGUUUUUGUGGUGAGCCAGAUUGUUCAAGUUUUUACCACAAGUAUUUCAAGCACAAAACCAUUGACAAGAGUAGAAGAUUUGUCUGAGACGGUUUUAUUGUGCUAGUUUAUUACACAGCAUCAGUUAUAAUCAAGUAUCACGAUGAGUCGUAAACGAAGAGGAUCCGAAUGUUUGUGGCAAAUCGACGCCAAACGGAGACUUAGGAAAAACGCCGUGUACUCUGCCCCCGUGUGCCCGACAGCAUGUGAGGAAGAUGACUAUAUCAAUGGAGAUUCCCCAACUACUCGCAGACAAGGUUUACAUCGAGAAGGUGGUGUACAAUGGGAAAGCUCCCCAAACCUGGGACUCUCUGACAGAAACUCUCGAGAAAAUCGCCGCAACCUACAGCUGAAGACCGUGUUCAUGUUGUCGUCGUGGGGAACUCAGGCGAUGCAUCAGUCGCCUGGACAACACGAAGAGGAGCUAUUAGAGGCCACAGAGGUGGGAGACCUGAGUAAAGUGAAGUCACUGCUAGCGGAUGAAGAUCGGGUUAACGUCAACUGCGUGGACAUUCUGGGCAGGACACCGUUACUCAUUGCCAUGGAGAGAGAUAACCUGCAGCUGAUUGAUCUGCUGAUGAACAAGUCGAGUAAGAAGACAAUGGACACUGUUUUGCUGCACGCCAUUAACUUGUGUAAAGAGACAAUCGCCAUGAUGCUUCUGCGCCAUCCGAUCUACGUCAAGAAACACAAAGUCACGCUCAACAGGCUAGGCACAAACGUCGGCAUUUUGGACGGCGACUUUCCUUUGACAUCCAACUUUUAUUUGGACACUACCCCUCUGAUUCUGGCAUCUCAGAAAAACCUGUUUGGUGUAGUAAAACUGUUACUGCUGCGAGGAGAAAGUAUAUCACGCCCACACGCCCCCUGUUGUAUUUGUAAUAUAUGUGACCGACGCAUGAAGAGAGACCGUCUGCGAUUCGCUCACAGGAGAUUGAAUACUUACCGCGGAUUGGCCAGUGAGUCAUACAUUACCCUUGCAAGCAAGGAUCCCUUUGACGAGGCUUUUGACUUGAGGCAGGAAGUGAUGGCUCUGUCCCACACCGAAAAGUAUUUUAAGGGGGAGUACCUGGUCCUUGCUCGCCAGCUCGGUCAUUAUGUAGUGAGGCUUCUGAACGAGGUGCGUGGAUCCAACGAGCUUGAACUGGUUCUGGACAAAGUCGAUGAUUCAGCGGAGAAAGAGUUCGAGUCUCUGGCGCGAAUCCGAAGGGCAAUUCAAAUUGGUAUGAAAAAGUUCGUCACCCACCCAAGUUGCCAGAUGAAGCUUACAGAGCUGUGGUAUUUAGGUUGUACAUUCUUACAAGGAACCAACUGGCUCAAACGAUUCUUCAUUUUCAUCCUGUUUAUGCUUUCAUAUCCUUUCAUGGCACUUCUAUUCAUCUUUAUGCCUCACUCAAAAUACGUGCAGGUGUUACGGACCCCGGCGGUAAGAUUCACCGCGCAGGCGUACAGCUUCCUGAUAUUCCUCACCGCAAUUGCAGCAUGGAGUUUGGACUAUGACCCUGGAGGUGUUGUAAAGUUUGAUUUCCGUGGUCAAAACGUCAGCCAUCUAUUCAAGGAACAUGAUGGUGGAUAUCUUAUCCGGGAAUAUAGUUUGGACGGAUUUGAAAUCAUCAUAUUUGUUUGGACUCUAGGUCUGCUAUGGAUGAAAUGUGAAGAUCUGUACAAGCGAGGAUGGAAAGAACAUUUCAGCACGGUGUACAAUGUGCUGGACAGUGUCAUUAUAGUCCUGUAUAUGACUUGGUUCUCACUCGCAUGGCUUGUUGUCAUAAACUGUAACGAUAGCUUGGCCUAUUUCCAGCAUAAACCAGGGGCAUUCGAGGCUCUAUCUCAGCUAAACAGCUCAGCCAUGCAACAGUACUACUGGCUUACACCGGAUCGCUAUUUGUGGGACACAUGGGACCCUGAACAUCUCAGUGAAGCUUGUUUUGCCAUCGCCAAUGUCCUCACCUUCUCUCGGAUAUCGUAUCUUCUCGCCGCCAACGAGAUUCUAGGACCACUUCAGAUUUCCUUAGGCAGAAUGACUUACGAUAUUUUGAGAUUCACUGUCCUCUUUCUGAUCCUCCUCAUUGCCUUUAUUGUGGGCAUCGACAACUUACUGUGGCACUAUGAGAAAGACAUGCGGGCUCAGAUACAAAUCAGAGAACGCGGUGAUGUCAAGGUCGGCGACAACUUUGGCGAUGCGGAGAAAACUUUCCGGUCUGUGUUCUGGGUAACGUUUGGCCUUGUGGAGUACGAUAUCAUCGAUAUGUGGCCUUACACGAAUUACGUCACCCAAAACCUGGCUUACAUUCUCUUAGGAGCCUACAUGGUGUCCGUUGGGCUUGUCAUGCUCAACAUGCUCAUUGCUAUGAUGAGCCGUUCAUUUGAUCAGAUCGCGCAAGAUGGCGACAUCGAGUUUAAGUUUGCCCGAAGCAAGCUUUACCUGGAGUACAUAGAGGGCGGCUCCCCACUUCCGGUUCCCUUCAACAUGAUGCCGACCAGCGCCACUUUCGCUAGGCUACUGUACAAACUCCCUAUUCUCUCUAAAGCACGAGAAGACAGCAUUAAGGAUACCUCAGAUGGUCGUACGCAAAGAUCCCAAUAUCGACGCUUCAAAAAAAGCUCAUCCAAAUCUGUCUUUGCGGAUGUUCAACAUUUAUCUUAUCAGGAUGUCAUAAAGAAGAUUGUUGAUCGUUUUAUUUCGGAAAUUACACGAAAAGAUGACGACGAUACUGAUAAGCAGAACACCACAGAAAUGGUGAAGCACGAGAUCCAGUCCCUGCACGAACUGGUGGCAACACAUAGAACCAGCCCUAAAGCGGAUGGUACUGAAAUAAAACAGUGCUUAUCUCAGUUAACAAACUCCUUAGAUAGGUUUAUUCUCAUGCAACAGGAAACAGCCAAAUUAUUAGAAAAAAUCACGGAGAAAUUGAAUGAGUCCAAAAAAGAUGAACCUACAAGACUAUGUGUGAACACCUCCAGCGUAUAAGGAUGGCCAUUUGUGAAUGGUCUUUUGCGGUAUUGUUUGGUCUAAAUGUGUGUGAGGCGGUUUUGCGUAUCUCACCACUCAUACCGGUAAAUUUUUAAUAAAAAAUAAAUCGAUUAACGUUAUCUGUGUUUGUGAAAUUGUCUAGACAUCAUGUACCUCAAAACAUAUAGGAUUGCAGGGUUUGGGUUAUGUGUCCGCUGUGGACAGGUUAAGGCUACAUCUCGGAACUUCUCGGACUUCUGGGCCUGGACCUGUAGAACAACACAACAACAACGAAGAGAAGAGAAUCACUAUGUCAG